GAGAGGGGCGUCUCUAUUCUGAAGCCGGCGAGACUGUGCACGGGCACGCGCAGCAACUUUACCGGACCGUAGCGCGACCACACGCCGUUGACGACGCCUGCUUGAGAGCUUAUCAGCACGCGUACACACACACACCUCUCCACACAACACACUUUGUCCACCGCCUUUAUCGCCGUCGUUCCCGCCUCUGACUCUCUCUCUGAGACCGAAGCGGACUUAGCGCAGCCCGGGCUCCACGGAGAUCAGCAGCGGCUGCGGAGCAGAGCAGCACGGACUCAGCUUCAGCCUCACAGCCCCAGCGCCGCCACACAGUUCCUCCACUGACCGCGCUCAGCCUCCGGAAUCAUGUCGGAGUACAGCUCUUUGCUGAGUGACCUGUCCGAGAACAUCACUAAUGAGGAUCUGGAGCAGCUGAAGUCAGCCUGCAAAGAGGACAUCCCUGAGGACCAGAGCAAUUCCAUCACCUCCUCCAAAGAGUGGUUCAAUUACCUGGAGAAAAAUGACAAACUAGCCCAGGAUAACCUCUCCUACAUCGAGCACAUAUUUGAGAUCUCACGACGGCCUGACCUUUUGACCCGAGUCAUCGAGUACCGCACAACGGUCCUCAAGAUUUCAGAAGACGACGAGAUUGACACUAAACUCACACGCAUUCCCUCUGCCAAGAAAUACAAGGAUAUCAUUCGCCAGCCAUCAGAAGAUGAGAUCAUCAAGCUGGCCCCUCCCCCCAAGAAAGCCUGAGGUCAAUAUUUGUGACCUUAUCUCUUCGUCCCUGGCGCUCCACCUCGCCAAAUCAUCUUCAGCCCCCCCAAUCACCAAACCCACCCACCCCGCCUCAUGCCUUCACUCACCACUAGCCAUCACUAACAGUCAUCGCCAAACGCUUAACAC